AUGGCCCCCCUGGUAUAUAGUGGUCCUGUAUUAUCUCUCAAGUUGACCGAAAUUUUCCUGAGCUACACCGAGCAAUACCACAUUCCAAUUACGGACCGUCACCAAAAAUGGUACGAUCCCGAUAUUGAACAUGUCAACCCACAGAUCCGCCAUCUGCUUGAGGCCUACUCCAAGGUUCCCUCGUCGGACGUAGUCAAGCAUGUUAACAAGAUUGUAGGCUCCCGCUUCAUUCGAAAUGCUCACUUGGUUAAUAAUAAUAAUUACCAGCGUGCCCGUGGAUUUGCCGCCAACCCAUACCCUUGUACAUGGCACUACCGCUUUCUCAACCUCACGCUGUUAACGCAUCCACUCUACGAGUCGAUCUUGGCGCGUCUCAAAUAUGAUCAUUCGGCAAUAUAUCUCGAUCGGGGAUGCUGCCUUGGUCAAGAUUUACGCCAGCUUGUAUUAGACGGCGUGCCCUCGUCCCAACUAAUCGCCUUGACAUCGAAGGCCCGCUGA